ACCUCUGUUGCGAUUCUAGACUCUUUCUCCAUGGAAUUUCUUGAAAUAAUAAUCCCAUCAUUGAUAGAUAAAAUAGAACUGCAUGCUAAUUCCCACAAAGAAUUGAGCCAGGUGUUGGAAGAUAUUCGGGAAAGAGCAAAGAAGAAUCCUAGAAAUUUCGAGUCGAGUGAACUUCUGACUCAAAUUUGCAGUGUGGAGGAUACCAUUGACUCCAUCAUUGCUACAAAAGUGCUGCAGAGACAAAAUAUCUCCAUCAAGAAGGAUCCUGUAAAAUAUUUUUCAAUUGCAAAAAGCAGUGUCAAAUUUCCUCACAAGUUGCACAGGCAAACUAAGGAGCUAAAAAACAUAUUGAAUGAUUCCUUGUCUGCCCCAGUUCCAGGAGAGAAGUUACCGAGCAAAUCAGAUGCCGUAGAGGUUCCAGCAAAGAAGUCCUCUAGUAACACAGUUCCUCAAAAGAAGUCCUCUAAAGAUGCUGCAGUUUUAUCAAAAAAACGAAGUAUUUCAGGGGGCAUUCAAGUCUCAUCAGGAAACAAAGAUGAUGGGAGGGACAACAAGGAUUCAGAUGAAAGAUAUGAUCAGAGUUGGGAGGAAGGGUGUGUCCCAAUUGUCUUGGAGGAGUUAGUAAAGUUAGCUCAACCAGUACUCCUUAGCAGGCGGAUGAGGCCACUUCUCUUUUUGAAAACCAAUUUGGAAUACCCGAGUGAUGCAAUUUUCUUGUGGACUUCCUGCCAUUCUUCUGUUACUGAACAACAUUUUCAGUUUUGCUGUUGGGUUCUUGUUUCUAAAGAGUCAGAAGAUCGAAAUAUCUUAAGUGAUAUUUUGAAACAAGUUCCUUCUAUUAAGCAGGAAGAACUCGAGCUGUCAAAUCAGUUACUGAGGAAGCGGCUUCAUGAUUUUUUAGUUUUUGAAAGGUACUUGAUAGUUUUAUAUGGUGAACUAAGAGACGAUGUUUGGAACAGUCUCAAAUGUGCUUUUCCCUACUCAUUGACUGGUAGCGGAGUGUUUCUCAUCCAUAGAGGAAUCACUUCAAUCAAUGUUUCAAAGGAAUGGUCAAGCCAACAGCUAGGGAAGUCUAAAGAUUAUUUGCUGGAGGAAUCUAGAAUUCUUGGCAUGAAGGAUAUUAUGACUGAGUUAUACCAGUCAAUCCUAAAUCAGUAUAGAUUGUUGUUUCUCAUUUCCAUUGUUGGGGUGGCAGAAUCAGAGAAGACAACUUUUUUGUGGGAUAUGUACAAUGCAGAGAGUAUUAAGCAGCAAUUCCAAUACCGUGCCUGGGUUCGUAUUCCGAAGUUUGAAGAAAAAAACGUUCUAGCUGAUAUUUUGGAACAAGUUACACAUGACAAGGUAGAAGAAGAAGACCUUCACCUGGUGACACUACAGAAGAAGCUUUGCAAUUUCCUAGCUGCAAAGAGGUACCUUAUAGUUUUAUAUGAUGUUUGGUCGGCUCAUGUUUGGGACAAACUCAAACAAGCCUUUCCCAACUCCAUGAAUGGUAGCCGGGUGAUUCUAACCGUCCAUGAGGCUGAUGUGGCUAGGCAAACCAAUUCUUCUUGGAUCUUGGGAACAGUUUGUGGAAAAGAGUUGCUGCAUGAAAAGGUUUCAAAUCUAAAAGUUAAACAUAGGUGGGGAAGAUUCUCUGAUGUUAAGGCUAAUGAGUCGGGUCUUGAUGGACUGGAUGAUAAAGUGCAGGAAUUGGGUGAACUGCUACUUGAAAGUCAUCAAUUUCUAAUCUCAGUGGUGGGUGUGAAGGGCUCUGGCAAGACAAUGCUUGUGCACGCAGUUUACAGUAGUUUAGCAAUUAAGCAGCAUUUUGAGUGUCGAGCUUUUGUUUCUGUUUCUCAAGUAUUUGAGGAGAGAAAACUCUUGGCAGACUUAUCAAUGCAGCUGGGAAUGGUGCUGAAGGAUGAGAACUGGUCCAAAAAGGAAUUACAAAAAAGACUUAGAAGUUUCUUGGCUUGGAAGAGAUACCUAAUAGUUUUAGAUGAUGUCUAUGCAGCUGAUGACUAUACAGUUGAUGUCUGGGAAAGACUCAGUCCUGCUUUUCCAAAUUCAUUAACUGGGAGUAAGGUGAUACUCACUACUCGUGAUGCUCAGGUACCAGCAGUUGUACUAAAUGCAGAAUUGAUUAAAGCUGUCAAAGAAAAGAUUUUGCAGAGAUGUGGCGGCCUGCCUCUUGAUAUAGUUGUACUUGGAGGUUUGCUGUCUACCAAGGAACCAGACAUCUCAGUAUGGUCUAAAUUCAUUGAUCAAAUCAGUCAAAAGAAAGAAAAAGACAGGAGGGUAACAGAUCAGCCAUAUUCUUUCACCCAACAUGAUUCAUCAGAUACCAAGCUGGAAGAGAAAAAUGGUAAGGGGGAGAUUGAGCAAAUAGGUCCAAGUGAAGCUCCACCGAUGCAGGAAGAAGAAAAGGUGAAGCAUGGAGCAACAAAAGAAGAUCAGGAACCUUUGCCAAAUCAAUUGCCUUCAUCAUCAGAUACCAAGCUAAAAGAAGACAACAGGAUCUUGGAGAGCCAGACUACUUCUCUUGAUCAAGAUCAAUCAGAUUCCUCAGAUGAAACCCUCUCAGGUAAUUUGGCUUUAGGCUAUCAAGACCUAAAUGCCCAUUUAAAGUUCUGCCUUAAUUAUGUAGGCCUCUUUCCCAAACCAUACAAGGUUCCUUUUAGGAGGUUGUUUCAACUAUUGCAAGCUGAGGGAUUGUUGAAACAAGAAGCAAACAAAGAAAGUUUUGAAGUGCAGGUGAAGAAAUACAUUGAAGACUUAGAAAAAAGAAACAUGAUUGAGGUAGAAAAACAGAAGUCAAAUGGGAGCCCCAAAACCAUUCGUAUGCAAAGUACUAUAUAUGAUACAUUGUCUCCACGAGCAUUGAGAGCUGGAUUGUUUCACUUUCACUUCAACAAUGAUAAGAGAGAUGCUCCCAAAGAGUACAUCCGAAGACUUGCAGAACACCAAGAGAUCAGCUAUGACAGGCUUCCAGAGCAGAGCCGUCAGCUACGUUCUUACAUUUCAUUCAGAACGGAAGAAAGUGAUCUACCUGCAUCCAGAGUAGAUAAACUUCUUAAAGGGAUUGUUAAGGGAGGCUUUGGAUUACUUGUCAUACUUGAUUUGGAAGGAGUCUACCAACCAGUGUUACCUAAACAUCUAGGCAAAUUUCCCAAUCUCAAGUAUUUGGGUUUAAGAUGGACUUUUUUGGAUUCAAUUCCAGAUUCAGUUGGUGACUUGCUUAGCCUUGAGACUUUGGACGUGAAGCAUACUAAUAUCAUCACUUUACCUGGUGAGUUCUGGAAGGCAAAAUGUCUUCAACAUCUUUAUAUGAGCGAUAUUUGUAUUGAUACAUCUAUUCCAAGGGCCCGUCAAACAAAUGGAUCGUUAACCAAUCUUAAGACUUUAUUGGGUCUGGUGAUCCACAAUGAGAAGACUGUCGAUUAUUUGAAGGAGGCAAAUGGUCUUAGAAAACUGGGAGUAACAUGUUAUGAAAAAUCAAUUGAAGAGAUAGUAGGGUGGAUUUCUAAGUGCACUCAACUUCAAUCCUUGGAGUUAAGGUCAAUAGACAAAAGCUGCAAACGUUCUUCGUUGAAAUUAGGGAACUUAGGCCAUCAUGAUAAGCUAUCACAGUUAUAUUUGUUUGGAAAACUAGAACUUCCAGAGAAAUUUGAUUUUGGCACAUUUCUCCCAAAUCUAGAGAUCCUUACUUUGGCAGUGUCAGAACUGUCGGUUGACCCAAUGGAAGAACUAGGAAAGCUGGGGAACCUGAAGAUCCUGAGGCUGCACGCCGAUUCCUACAUGGGGAAAACAAUGGAAUGUGGUCGUGGCACUUUCCCAAAGCUUCAAGUCUUAAAAUUGUGGAUGCUUGAGGAGCUCGAGAAAUGGGAAGUGAAGGAGGGAGCCAUGCCUGCCUUAGAAGAAGUUGAGAUCAGAUGCUGUAAGAAACUCAGUAAUACUGAUGGAUUGAAGAAGUUAACCACUUUGAAGGAAUUGAUUUUGACAAGUAUGAAGCAGGAUUUUGUGAAGGAGAUUAAAGAAAGCCUAGGCAGCAAUGUGUCAGUCAAAGAGAACAACGACUGGAAGUUUUCUUCUACCUGGUGCACAAUAAGGCGAAAGCAUGGUUUAAAUGGAAUCAACAGCAUAGCAUCUACAAGUGGAAAUCAAGUUAGAGGAGUGAUCUCUGGAUUUCAGUGGGGGAUGAGUAUCUUCAUAAUGACUUUAUGCUGGUGUCAAAAGCAGGGAUCUCGCCAUGCAUUGGUCUAAUUUCUUUCUCUAUAUAUCUAGUGUGAUAUCGAUUUGGCUCAAAAAAGCUUUGUGGGAGGAAAUUUAUUAGCACAUCCUUUUCAUUUGUCAGUUGUUUUUCUUGUAUUGUGCUUGGAUAAUGAUAGUUAGAAUCAUUACUCAUUGUGCUAUUUCAAAGCAUCUGUCUAUUUAAUGCUGAUCUGUAUAAAAUAGCAGUGGAGCU